AUGGUGGGGCGUCUCCGGACCGCCAUGAGCCGGAGGGCCUACGAAAACUCACUUGGAGCUUCACCUGCCUCGGGAUCACCUCGCUGGCCUGAAGAUCCACUGAUCGCUGCCAAGCUGGCGCAGCUGCUGCGUGAGUGGCGUCCCUGGAGGCGGAGGGGGGCCGGCGGCCGCGAGAAGCCACCCUGCGAGGCGGCUCUGUGCGAAGCCGGCGCUUCCACGUGCACCUCUCCUGAGGCACCGAAGCAGCCCGACCCCAGCGCGAUGCCUGCCGAGACUCCCAUGGACCGCAUCGGGGCCGGGCCGGGUCCCCACGCCGGGCCAGGCCAGCCCUGGGAGAAGAGGCCCGAAGACUUCGCCUUUGGCCCAGUCCUGGGCAAGGGCUCCUUCUCCACCGUGGUCCUGGCCCGGGAGCUGGCCACGUCCCGGGACUAUGCACUGAAGAUCCUGGAGAAAAAGCACGUGAUUAAGCAGAAGAUGAGCCGGUACGUGAUCAGCGAGCGGGACGCCCUGAUGCGCCUGGAGCACCCCUUCUUCGUCAAGCUCUACUUCACGUUUCAGGACGGGGAGAGGCUCUAUUUUGGCCUGAGCUACGCCAGGAACGGAGACCUCCUGCGAUUCGUGCAGAAAGCGUGGCCCCUGGUCGAGCCCCUCGUCCGCUUCUACACCGCCGAGCUCGUCUGCGCGCUGGAGUACUUGCACGGCCAGGAAAUCAUCCACCGAGACCUGAAGCCGGAGAACAUUCUCCUCACCGGCGACAUGCACGUCCAGAUCACAGACUUCGGCUCGGCCAAAAUCCUGCCCCGCUCCGGCAGCGAGAAGCUGACCAGGACGAACUCCUUCGUGGGCACCGCUCAGUACGUCUCCCCGGAGCUGCUGCUAGAACGAGGCACCUGUAAGAGCUCCGACCUCUGGGCUCUGGGCUGCAUAGUAUACUUCCUCAGCAGCGGGAAGCUGCCCUUCCAAGCCCUGUCGGAGUACUUCGUAUUCCAGAAAAUCAUGAGGCUGGCCUACGACUUUCCCCAAGAUUUUUUCCCAAAGGCCCGAGACCUCGUGCAAAAGCUCCUCGUCUUAGAUCCCACCAGUCGCCUGGGUUGUGAGGACAUGGGCAGCUACGGGGCCCUGAAGGCCCACCCAUUCUUUGAAACCGUCACCUGGGACGAUUUGCAUCUCCAGACACCUCCGCUGGAGCUGGCGCCCGCACCAAUGGAGAUUGAAAAGGACUUUGAAGAGGAGGACAUUUGGCAGAGCCCUCCUCUGGCUCCAGCACAGCCGGCCUUCCUCCAGGCCUCCUCCAAAGUGGAGGGAUACACUUACUACCUAGACGAGAAUUCUCUGGAGCUGGACCUCAACUUCUCCGAAGAGGAGCGGAGCCUCUUACUGGAGAAGCAGGCCCAGGGGAAUCCGUGGCAUCGCUUUGUAGACAAUCGCUUGAUUCUCAAAAUGGGCCCGGUAAAUAGGCGCAAGGGCCUGUUCGCCAGUACCCAGCGUUACCAGUUACUUCUCACAGAAGGGCCCUGCCUGUAUUUUGUGGAUCCCAUCAGCAAAGUCCUAAAAGGAGAAAUCCUUUGGUCCCCAGAACUGCGGCCCCAGGUGAAAAGUUUUAAGACCUUUUUUGUUCACACGCCUAACAAGAUCUAUCACCUGGUGGACCCCAGUAGGAAUGCUCAGAAUUGGUGCCAAAAGAUCCAGGCGGUGUGCCUCGAGAGAUACAAAAACAGCCCAGACCCUGCCUUCAGAGAAUUCAUGUUCCAGGGAGAGACAAAGCAUUUCCCUCCCUCAGGAAGCAGAAGGGACCUUCAGUUAGUAAAUUCCCUCCCAUCCUAG